GUCAUGGGGGGGGAGGAGGAACAGGAGAAGGAGGAAGAAGAAGGCCAGCUCACUUGGGGUCGGGGUGUGUAGUUGUAAAGAGUUGGCGAGAGGCUGUGCAGUGCGCAGGUCGCCUGCUUUUGCGAGAGAGAACCAAUCGGCCGAUCGUUCCGGGAAGUCGGGGCCAGGUAGACUCCUAACAGGAAGAGGAGCGGCAGAUAAGGCAGACCUGACUUGCUGGCUGGAGAAAAGUCCAGCUCCCUGCUUCCCACUUCAGUCUGACUAUGGGCGGCCGCUGUUGAUGGCCAAGGAAAAGGAGAAGGCGGAUCCCGCGGUGCAUGAGGCACAGCAGGGACAAGCGAUGGCGCAGCAGCAGCAGCAGCAGCAUUUCUCGGUGCCUUCUCUGGACAGUGCUGCUCCGCAGUCUCCUUACAUACACAGCAUACCCUCCCGGGUGUUGGAGGACUUCUGCCAGAAGAUGGACUGCCUCAGUGAUUACGACUGGAUGCGUUUUGCAUCCUAUGUGAUAACUGACCAGACUGAGCUGAGGAAAAUCAAAUGCAUGGAGAAGGCAGGAAUCAGUAUCACGAGAGAGCUGAUGUGGUGGUGGGGAGUGAGACUUGCAACUGUUAAGCAGCUGUUGGAACUUCUGCAAGAGCUGCAGCUCUAUCGGGCAGCCCAAGUGAUUGUGGAUUGGAAGCCACCGUCAUUGACGCUUUAUUCUGUCAGGGCUCCAUUAGAGCCUCUGCAGCAGGAGAAUGCAUCCCUUCAUCCAGCUGGAAACAAAAAUAAAGCCACGGCAAACAAGAAGGAAAGUCGAGCACCACCAGACACUUUACACUCAGAUCCCGAUUCAAAAGCAACCCCUGAGAUGCUUCCUCUAUCUCCAUCAUCUACAUCCAUGGACCUUCCACAUUCUUUGCAAUCAAAUCCAUCUGUUUUAUUGAGUGUGAAGCCCUGCAGUUCUUCCAUUCCUCACCAGGAAACUCUUCCUAACGUCCUCAGUGAGAGCCUUUUAUGGACUCGGAGUGCAGUGGAAGCUGCCACCAGUGGCUUCACUGAGGAGAACCGAAUUCAUGAAGGCAUGUUUGCUGAUGCCUACAAAGGUCAAAAGCACAACAGUCUGUAUGUUGUUAAAAGGCUUAAAGAUAAUGAGACGCAAAGAUUUUUUCAUACAGAAGUACAGAUCUGCUUUCGGUGUUGCCACCAGAAUAUUCUACGACUAUUGGGCUUCUCUGUAGAAGAUGGAUUUCACUGCCUGAUAUAUCCGUACAUGCCUAAUGGAUCAUUAAUGGACAGACUGCAGUGUCAGGAUGGUUCUGAGCCAUUGUCAUGGGAGAAACGUAUCAGAAUCUCUAUCGGACUUGUUCAAGCCAUUCGACAUCUACAUAAUUUGGGAAUUAUUCAUGGAAAUGUGAAAAGUUCCAAUGUUUUGCUGGAUGCAAGCUUUGCACCACAACUUGGACAUUCCGGUCUUAGGCUGCACCCUGUGGAGAGAAAAUCUGAGUGUGCUGUGAUUAAAACCAAAGUCUUGCAAGCUUCUCUCGCUUACUUUCCAGAAGAUUUCAUCAGGCAUGGGCAGCUAACAGAGAAAGUUGAUAUAUUUAGUUGUGGAAUAGUUUUAGCAGAGAUACUGACUGGCAGGAAAGCAGUAGAUGAAAGGAGGCACCCUGUUUUUCUGAAAGAUGCCCUCCUUGAUGAAAUCCAGCAGGCAAAAGUACAAUCUGGUUCUAAGGCAAUAACCUUUGAAAAACGUGCUGCUGAGGAAAUAUGUUGCAAAUAUAAAGACAAGCAAACAGCUCACUUCUCAGCUGAGCCUGCUCUUUGUCUGGCUACUGCUGCCUGUGUGUGUUUGCGGAAAAAGAAUCCUGAUAUGGCAGAGGUAUAUGAAAUUACAGAAAUGGCAGCUCAUCACAUAGAAGCUCAUAAGGUGGCUGAAGGGAGCAAAUACUGUAGACUCUUUGUUAACACUCCAGAAGAAACCAAUGAUGAGCCAGCUAGUCCCUUCAAUGGUGGUGUCUCAGUUUACGGCAAUUGUGAAAGUAGUGUGAAUGCUGGGUCCCUGAACUGUGUAGAUUUGUUGCCACCUUUAAUAAGAGUUGCUGUUCCUGAAACAUACUCUGAGCAGAUGUUACGGGUCCCUUGUGAGUCUGAUGAAUCAAGUUCCUUUUUAUGGGAUCUGGCGGAAGAUGUUUCAUGCCAACAACAAAACAUUAGCCAUCCUGACCCAGAAAAUAUUUCCCCUACUGAGCCUCAUACAAAUAAUCAAGAAUAUACCAGUGACUUCACAGCAAACGUAGUCUCUGACAGAAGUACGAAGCUACAGGAAACCUCUUCUGCUUCAGACAGCAUGACUUCAUCAAAUAGAGAAAACUCUGCUGCCACCUGUUCUUCACAAGCACAAGCUAAUGAAGCCUUUAUGGAAAUAAAGAUCAACGAUAAAAAGAAGAAGCUGAUGGAACAAUGUUUACUGUAUGAAGCAAAGAAGCUCAACAGUUGUGAACUCUUUGAAUCAUAAAUGUAAUCAUAACUGGCAUUUCCCAAAGGUUUUAGCUGCUGCUGCUUCUUUAAAAAAAAAAAAAACACCUCUUGUUGAACACAACACAAUAUAUAUAUUUUUAAAAAUUAUGCUCGGGGCAAAUGUGUUCCAUGAACGUGGGCCCUGUGCCCAAAUGUUCGAGGUAAAUCAUAAUUUCCCCAUAGGAAUCAAUGGGAAAUGCAAAGAUAUUAAUAAAUUGUGAACGGCUGGGCAGAAAUCUCUAAAUUUCACAUGAUGAUCCUACAUGAUUAUAGCAUUAAAUGUGUGGAAGUUCAUGCAGUUCAGUCCACCUGUUGAUUUUUUUAAAACUUAAAAAAAACCCUUUUUUUAAAAAUGCAUUAAAAAUAAUGGGGUAGACUGAUCUUGUAUUUCCACACAUUUAAUGCCACUGGAGUGGAGAGCUGGUCUUGUGGUAGCAAGCAUGACUUGUCCCCUUAGCUAAGCAGGGUCUCUCCUGGUUGCAUAUGAAUGGGAGACUUGAUGUGUGAGCACUGUAAGAUAUUCCCCUUAGGGGAUGGAGUUGCUCUGGGAAGAGCAGAAGGUUCCAAGUUCCCUCCCUGGCAUCUCCAAGAUAGGGCUUAGAGAGAUUCCUGCCUACAAUGUUUGAGAAGCCUCUGCCAGUCUGUGAAGACAAUACUGAGCUAGAUAGACCAAUGGUCUGACUCAGUAUAUGGCAGCUUCCUAUGUUCCUACCAUCAUGUAGGAUCAUCAUGUGAAAUUUCAGAGAUUAAAUUUCCUCACAGGAAUUUUGGGGACUUUCUGACCAACCAUUCCAGAAUGAUAACAUGGGGAUCUGAUAUGAAGACAGUUUUCCUCCAGAUAAGGUUUGAAUAGUGGACAAAGUUUCCAAGGCAGCUCAGACUACAAGGAAUAUGAGGAACAACAAAAUUCAAUAAAAGCACCAACAUAAAAUAAUAAAGCAGGAGUAAAAAGAGAAGUAAACUCAGCAAUAAAACAAGGAAUUCAAGUCUCUGAUAUGAUAAUAUCAAGAACAUGAAACUAACAGUUCACCAGAUCAUAGCUUAGCCUGCUGGAGUAGCAUCCAGAGUUAUGUUGCACAAAUGGUUUCACUCACAAAGGGGGAGAAGGGAGGUUUUCACCUUCCCUCCCCCACUCCACUCUGCUGCCCCCUCAGAAAUAUGUGCUUGAGAAUUAGGCUUUCAGUGGCUUUUUCAUAUUUUCUGUGAGCAUUGGCAGGGCAGCAGGAGUGACUGGUGAAAAUUGCUGCCCCUUUCACAAUGAAUUGGCUUCAUCAGAUUUGGGAAGUUGUAUUUUUGAUUAAAUUGUCAUCUUAUAAAAAUCUCAGAGAUAAUGAUUCAAUAGACAAAAUUGUAAAUAAGUGGAAUCUGUUUGCUAAUUAUUGGAAUAAUAAUGUUAAUGAUCAGAUCCACCCUUACAUGCUGGUUUUUUAAAUUAUUUAAAGUAUUUUUUUCAUUCUCUACUGAAGAUGUAUGAGAUCAUUUUUUGUAUGACUUUUGUAAAUGUUUUUGAUAUAAAAUUAUUGACACUUAAAUUAUUGAUGACCCCAGGCUACCAACCACAGAAACAACCAUUACUGGCUCACUCCCAGGUAAAUGUUUGCAGCCAAAUAGGUUGUUGUUGUGUUUUAAUAUUUACAUACCACUUUUCAAUAAAAUGUGCAGUGGUUUACAUAGCAAAAGCAAUAUGAACAUAUUGCUGGGUUUUGUCUAGUUUGUAAGGCCUCUUCCUUAGUCAUAGUUUUUCAAAUAAAAUAAAUUUUUACGUUGGCUUCUAAGAUAUUUGCAGCUAGCUCCUGUGCACAGCUGGAGAUUCCUAAGCCCAUUGAAAUAGGCUUACGUACAGCUAGGGAUGUGCAUGAGCCGGUUUGGCGCCGCCUCUGGGAAGCGCUGAACCGGCUCAGAUGCCAGCAUUGAACCAGUUCAGGACGCAGUUCCCUUUAAAAAGCAGGUACAGCUCCUUACCUACUUGUUCGCCACCCCACCACUUUUCCAGUGGCAAUGCCCACUCUCCAAAAGGCUGUGCGUGGCUGCAGCGCUGUUCCCUGCAGCCUCCAUCCGGUGUCGGCUUUAGUGAACAGCGCUGCAGCCAUGCGUGGGCUUUUGGAGAGUCGGUGCUGCUGCUGGAUGAGCAGGCAAAGGAGCUGCUUUCCUGCUUUUUAAGGGAACCACUCCCCACCAGCAGCUACCUGAGCUGAAAUACAGGUCUCCCUAAAUACAGGUACCCAGGCAUAGUUUUGCAGCCCCAAAAUAACAAGUGGGAGAGCAGGAAAUAAAACCAAAAGAGACAGAGGUCCAGUGAGACACGGAGAGUGCAGCCCUUGACAUCGAUGCUUGGGGACAGAGGUCCAAACUGUGGUACAGAGGCAGCCUUUGGACCAGAAGUCUGGGCAAAAGUCCGGUCCUCUGCACUGGGGAGUCCCCCCACCAAUGUCCUGCAGGGGGCCAAGCGUGCAGCGCUGAGGGUGGCUGUGGCCAGCCAGCUUGCGUCCUGCCUGCCAAACUGACUUUUUAAAAGUUUUUAAACUUUGUAAUUUUGGGUGGGGGGUGUUUAUGUUUUAACUUGGUAUUUUAAUGCUGUUUUGUGAGCUGCCCAGAGAAUAAAUUGUUAUGGGGCAACUAACACAGUUUAUUAGUAUUAUUUAUUUCUACUAGAGAUAGAAAAAAACAAAACAGAAAAACCCCACCAGCUUUCCCUUAGCACCUAUCUGUUGUAAAAAAAUUGCUUAUCUGGUGGUAGGGAGGUGCGAUGGGGGGGCGGGGAAGAGGCGAGGCUUUUAGGUCCAGGCUCCAAAAUUACCUCAGUACACCUCUGCUGUGGUAACGCUGUUGUGACCUAAUGACUGCUAAUUUGUUCCUUUUAGUAACGACCAUUUUAUUUCCAGCAUUAAUUACCCUGCCUUGGGUGGAUAUACCAAAAGGAUAAUAGCAUAUACAAAAUAAAUGCUAUAUAUUGAUUGUCUUUUACUAGUAAGCUACUUUUAUUACUUAACAGUAUAACUAUUUAUUUACUGAUAUUUUUUGCCUUUGGGGGUGAACUACAAACAAAUCCUAUUGUAUUUGUAUCUACUUGUAGCAUGUUUUGUAUUUUAUAGAUUUUUUCAAAAUGUGGUAACCAAAAAGUUAACAAAAUCUGAUCACUGAAGUAUAUUUAUAUUAUUUGUAUUCAUAAUUCCAAGUCUUCUCUGGCAUUAUACAUUUUACUCACAGGAAUAUGGUUUUUAAGAUACACAUUAAGAUAUAUACAAAGCCAUUAACAGCAUAUGAAAACUGUUUUCAUGCUCUACAACUUCCCAUUGAAAUGUAUAUUUCAAGUUAUCUGUUUUAAAGGCAUAGUUUCAUCAUACAUUCUCAAUAAAUGAUUUGGAAACAGCU